CUUAUGUGAUAUAGGUAUUAUACGUCAUUCUCUCACGUUCGAUGUGUGGUGUCAUAGAGAAGUAUUCGUGAUCAUUCAACUUACAGAAAAACUAAUUCCAAAUGCAGAAUUUUAUUUCAUACAUUAACUAUGUAAUAUAUGUUUAAAAAUAUGGUCGUGUCGUGCAGCUACUUGAUGGAAAUAUAACAAGGAAAUUUUAGUUAUAAUAGCUCAUUAUGAACUGUCAUCAAGUACUUAGUGGUGCCUGUAAUUCAGGAGAUCAAUGUUUUGCUGUUGGUUCUGUCGAAGGAAUACCUUUUACAGCUUAUGCAGCGGGAUGUAACAUAGUAAUACUUGCAUCAAAUUUUGAACGUGUCCAAAUCAUUCCUGGUGCCAUCCAUGGCUAUGUUCGUAUCAGCUCACUCGACUGUAGCACGGAUACUGGUAAAAUCGCAGCCGCAUAUGGUGCAGAAGUCUGUAUCUUUGAACCAACACCUCUAAUACAUACAGCUGCCACUACUCAUGGCCUAGAAUAUCGUUGGGUACAAACGGGAAAAUUGGUGGCAGAUGGUCCAAUAACUGCCCUUUCAUGGAACCUCGAAGGUACGCGGCUCCUGACCGGCGGUAAGAUCCUCCAACUAUGGCACCAAGCAUCGCUGUAUCAGGACGACAGUCAACCAAGUUCGGGAGUCACAUUCCAAAUAGGCGGUGAUAAAGAUGAAAAAACGAAACCUCCCGAAGAAGAUGAACCUGGGUGGAUAUGUGUCUGGCAAUGUCACACGGCGACGCCUGCGCAUCACUUAGCAUUUUCACCGGACGGCGUUUUGUUCGCUACUUCCGGAGUCAAUGAUAGGCUAGUCAAAAUAUGGUACCAAAAUAAAGUGUUGAAUCAGGCGAAUAGCGAACACAACCAACCCGAGCUAAACUACACCUUCAUCUACGUAGCGCAUCCGCGCGCCGUGACCCAUCUAUCAUGGCGAAAAACAAGCAAAUACAUGCCCAAGGGCAGCGUGGGCAACGUCCUGGUGACGUCGUGCGUGGACAACAUCUGCCGCGUGUGGGCGGAGACGCUGCUGCCGGAGGACGAGUGGGGCGGCUGCGUCACUGCGCACGCGCGCUCCCCGCCGCGCCGCCAGCGCGCCACGCACCGCCACAAGCACCGCUUCAUGCAGCGCUUGAAGCACAUGAAGACAUGUUUCCACAUCCGGCGGAACGCGCAGUCUUCGAAGCAGCCGGGCGCGCCGAUACCCACACUCCCCUCCACGUACAGCGCGCAUGACUUCCACAACCCCUACCACUCCACUUCCUAUACUGGAGGGCUCCACUUCCACCUGGCGGCGUCCAUCAACGCGGAGACGGACAUCCCGCUGGUGCCGUCGCUGGCGGGCGGCGGCCGCUUCAUACUGCACUGGCUGCACAACAAGGAGAUGCACUUCACCAGCCAGGCCGAGGCUAUACUGCAUGAUCUUACUAAAAAAAUUUUAGAUAAAGAAGAAACAGAUGAGGGUGGUUCAGGGUCAGAGCACACUACACAUCAGGAUGGAGAGAAUGAAACAAGACAUAGACGACCGAGCCAACAUUUAACUAAAGUACUUUCUGAGGAUAACAGCACUAGUGACGAACAACCAGCCAGCGGCAAUCACAGCCACCCAAGCUUGUCUAAUACAACAUCAAUAAACUCGAUAGCGACGGACGUCACUUGCACGCAUCUCCCCGACUCGCUCGAUGCUAAGAUAGAGGCCUUGUUGCGUGACUGGCAUCAGAGUCCAGAUUUGUUAUUUUCUAUACACCCCGUCGACGGCAGUUUUCUUAUAUGGGUGUGCGAGUGGCUGGACGAGCUGCAGGCGGGCGCGGUGCGGCAGGCGCAGGUGUCGUUCUCGGCGCGCAUCCCGGCCGCCUUCCCGCUGGGCGACGCCACCACCAUGUGCACGCCCGCCGCGCUCUACCACGCCGCCGCGCAGCCGCUCUACGUGCGCCACCGCACCAAGCCCGUCACGCCCGGUCAGCCUGCAGGAGAAACGAUCACAACACCGCUCGCGAGCGUACAGGAAGAAAAAGAGGAAACGGAGUGGCCUCAAAGCGACGACAAAACGACACAGCAGGAGAAUGGUGCGCGGGAAGAAAGUAGUAAUGACAUGAAAAGAAAAACAAGUGUCGCUACUGAGGAGAACAACGAGAUUCAAGAAGGAGACGUAUUGGAAUCGGCACCAGUCAUAUCUAUGGUCACGAACCAUACGAAUGGAACGUUGAAUUUGUGGCAAUUAACAUUCGACGAUAAGUCGAAAUUUUCACAGGUGCUAUCAAUAGGACAUGCUUCUAGAGCGUCCGGACAUAGAUUUAGAGUUAACGACAUCACAUGCCAUCCAGUAUUACCACUAUUACUUACUACGAGUCACCACAACAUAUCAGAUAACGAGCGCGACGCAGCUGGCGCGACUGGGGCGGACGCGGCGGCGGGCGGGCUGUGCUCCGAGCUCAUCAUGUGGCGCGUGGAGUGCGUGGGCCCGCUGGGCAAGUCGGGCGGCGUGGCCGAGCUGGCGCGCGUCAACUCGCCGCACCUGUCCGCCUUCAGCAACGUCGCCUGGCUGCCCACGCUGCUGCCCAGCACUACACUAGGAAAUCUCUCGAAUUCCCCAUCCGCCUGCUUCGUGGCGAGUGACGGUGAAAGUUUACGGUUGUUUCAAGCCGUUAUCGAUGCACGGACUUUAUUAGCUGAAAUCGCUACCUCGGAAAGACGUCACAAGGAUUUUAUGCACGACACGAUGUCGAUGUCGUCGGAGUCGUCGGCGGGCCCGGGCGGCGUGCCGCUGCACGACCGCAUCAAGAUCGUGUCGCAGCAGUCCACGGCGCGGCCGGGCGCCGUCAUCCAGCUGCACGCCAUCGCCGACGCCACGCACGACUGGCACAACACGCAGCUGCUGCACGUCUUCCAGGAGCAGCUCAUCACCGGCGAACGAACAACAAGCGAUACAGAAAGUUCAGAUUUGGGUGUGGAAGGUUCUGAAGUGAACACAAUCACAGAAGCCGGCUUGGAAGCAAUAGUCGACUUAAGGAAGGCUGCCGUUUUCAAUGAACCAUUCUAUAUUGUUGUAUUAGAAAGGACUGAUGGUGGCUCCACAGUCCAUAUGUGGCGGCUCACCGUGUCUUCCCAGGCAGAUCCUUCAGAUGACUUUACCAACAGUAUGAUGUACGUCCCAGACAGCGCGCUAGUGCAGGAGGAGGAGGGAGAGUCUAGAAAGAAUUCAGUCUCGAUAGACGCGGAGCGGCCCGCCGCCCCCACCACCCUCUCACACCUCUCUAUUACUACGAAGAAGGUUUGCGAAUGUCCACUGGCGUUGCCCGACGGCGUAGAUGUUAUUCACGCUACUCCGGCUGCUGGACAUCUAAGUUCCGCGUCCAUUUACCCCGCUUGUUUAGCGCCUUAUAUAUUAGCCACAGCUUGUUCUGAUAGUACUUUGAGAUUUUGGAAAUGUAACGUUACUAAAAAAGACAAUGAUGAAUUCGAGUACACAUGGAAGGAGUGGGAAAUGAUGAAUAAAGAUCAAGAAUCCACGAUAGACAUUCCAGGGCAGCCGCUGCACAUCAGCGCGGCGUACUCCGGGCGCAUCGCGUGCGCGUACAAGUGCGGGCGCUCGUUCACGCGGCCGCGGGCGGGCGGCGCGGCGGGCGGCGCGGGGGCGGGCGGCGCGGGCGGCGCGGACGCGCGCUUCGUCAACCUGUGCGUGUGCGUGUACGAGUGCGAGAGCACGGGCGGCGCGGAGUGGCUGCUGGAGGACACCAUCCCGCUGCGCAACGUCAGCCUGCCGCGCGUGGGCGUGUGCGCGGACGCGCAGAUCGACCUCUCCUACCUGCACGACACCUCCUUCAUGCAGAAGAAGCACAGGCUCACGCAGGUUCUACAAACGUUAUCGUCGGACGAAGGCCGCAACGGUCGUAACGGCGAAGGCGACACGGGAAAGUCGGCCGGCUUACUAGCGGUGCCGUCGUUCAGUACACUUCAAUCGUUGCGCAAGAGUAUCAUGGAAAACGGCAACACUUGUCCGCUCACUCAGAAACAUCUCGUCCAACUCGACUGGGUAUCUAAAGAAGAUGGUUCACAUAUAUUGACCGUUGCGGUCGGUUCCAGAGUGCUGUUGUUCACUCCAGUCUCUAGUGACUUGGCUCAAGCGAACUUAAAGGCUAUGAAGGAAUCAAUAAAUAAUAACCGUCCCCUACUACGCAAAGCUUCUUCGCUAGCGGCUCCAUUAUUUGUAGAAGAAAUACGUUGGAUGCAGCUUAGAAGGAUUCAGCUUAAGACUGCUGAUGGCUUGCCUCCACUACCCAUGCAGAUAUCUUGGGUCCGAGACGGAAUCUUAGUUGUUGGUAUGGACUCGGAAAUGCACGUAUACUCGCAAUGGAAACCCGAAACUCCUCAAAUCACCUCUGGACAAAACGGUAUUCAGGAACAAGAUGAAGGCGGUGAGUCACGCGCUCUCCGCGACUCAGAUUUGCGAGUGUCCGCGCCGCACUUGCAGCGAGUGUCGUCGAUCAACCUGCAGCUGUUAGAGCGAGACGCUAGACGGCGGAACAAAACACAACCGGACCAACCGCAACCCCUUUUGGACUACAUGCCGGACUACGGCUUAUUCGAAGCAUCGCAGAUGGCUUGUCCAGUAUUACCGCAGUAUCACCCCAAGCAGUUGAUGGAACUUCUUAAUAGUGGAAAAAUUCGAUGGGUCAAAGCAAUCCUUGCUCAUUUAGUCAGGUGUAUGGGUGGCACUUACGCGAGUCGCAGUUCACAAGGUGAUGAGGACAGCCUGUCAAGACAACGCGGCUGGUCGCGCUCGCGCACGCUGUCCGUGUCGUUCGCCGCGGGCGCCGCCUCGCCGCUGGACGGCGCCGCGCAGAUAACCGAAGACGUGCAACUAGAUUACGCAGAACUGACAUCGGUACCGCCGCUACCUCUUUGGACCUUACUAGUGGCGGACAAGGAGUCCGCACAUCAUCCGUCCACUAUUCAAGAAGCUAAAGAUUAUAAUGAACUAUUUGAGGGAACUAUGGAAAUAGAAGAAGAUCUCGACACUCUGCUGCUUGGCGAGGAAGAAGGUAUCGAUCGACGACCUUCUAUGCCGGAGCGGCAGCCUCUCUCGCACUUUGGACCGCGGCAAGGACGUAUCCUGUCCAGACUGCUAACUCACACGCACCUGCCCGGGCUGAGCUCGCUGGACCAGAUGCACCUGCUGGCGCUGGCGGACACCGUGUCCACGUGCGACGCGGACUUCGCCGAGCGCCUCACGAACAACGCCAGGGUGGACGUGGCUCAGGGCGCCGGCCAGGAGAUACUGCCUGACUCGCUGGACGACUGCGGGCUGCGCUUCCUGCUGGCCAUGAAGCACUACGGCUACCUGCUGCGCUGCCUGCCGCUGGCGCAGCGCGCGGCGCUGCAGCGCGCCGGCGUGGGCACCUGCAACCUGGUGUGGGCCUUCCACUCGGAGACGCGCGAGCAGCUGCUGGCGCUCGUGCCCGGCUACUCCAAGGGGCAGCCCAAGUGGGCCACUAUGAGGGAGCUCGGCGUGGGCUGGUGGGUGCGCGGCGAGCUGCUGCGCGCGUGCGUGGAGCGGCUGGCGCGGGCGUCCUACAUGGCCAAGCAGGACCCCAUGGACGCCGCGCUCUACUACCUCGCCAUGAAGAAGAAGACGCUGCUGUGGGGCCUGUUCCGCUCCAACCGCGACGACAAGAUGACCGCCUUCUUUGCGAACGACUUCUCCGAAGAUCGUUGGCGUAAGGCGGCGUUAAAAAAUGCCUUUGUCCUCCUUGGAAAGCAACGCUUCGAACAUGCAGCUGCAUUCUUCUUAUUAGGUGGUGCCUUAAAAGACGCUUUAGAGGUUCUCAUAACAAGAUUAGGAGAUUUACAACUGGCAAUGGUCGUGGCUCGUCUGUACGAAUCAGAAAAUACUUUGCCGAACAGCUUGAAGAAAUUACUCAUGGAUGAAAUAUUGGGCGGCGAGCCGGAAGAGGGCGCGGAGGAGGGGUGGCUGGACCUGGAGCGCGCGCACCCGGACCCGUUCGUGCGCUCCAUGGCGCUGUGGGAGCUGCGGCGCUACGGCGCGGCGCUGGACACGCUGCUGAGCGCGGCCGGCCGCCUGCACGCCGCCGCGCGCUCCGAGCCCGUGCCCAGCGUCUUCAACUUCUACGUCUACCUGCGCACGCACCCGCGCCUCAAGCGCACCAACAUGCCCAGCCAGGGCGGCACCCUAGCGUUACUGCAGCAGGAGGCGGAUGAAGGCAUAACGCGUCUCGAGCGGCGCCUGUACUUCCAAACAGCGCAUGGACACUUCAAAGCGGGCUGUCCGGCGUUGGCUCUGGAAGUGCUGUCCAAGCUCCCGGCGCGCGUUCGAGACGAGCGACCUCGAGCCGCCGCACCGACAACCGCGACUCGGCCCGACCACGCCGUCAUACACACCGGCCAGCUCAGCGAGGACUCGACUGUUAAAAGUACGACUCAUUCACAAGAAGAAAAUAUGGAUUGGGGUACAUCAAGUGUAGACUGGAGUGCACCAGUUAGCACUGCUAAGACUGAUGAACUUGUCCUCAGUUGGGAUGACGAGGAAGAAGAAAAAUCAGAAGCGUCCGAAGCGUCUACGCCACCAAUAGGAAUGAAAAUGGAUCAAAACGAUGAGGUGUUCGAGAACAACGAGAGUGGGAAACAAGAAGAACCUCCCACCGUUGACAUCAUGGCGCAGCAACUGAAGUUUGUAGCGUGUCUCAAGAUACUCAUGGAGGAGUUGAGUACGCUGGCCACGGGCUUCGAAGUGGACGGUGGGCAUCUCCGCUACCAACUGUACAUCUGGUUGGAACGAGAAGUGGAGGCUUUACGUCGACUCUGUGGCUAUGUGUCGACGCCCGGCGCCGCUUCCGGAGGAGAACUAAUCUGCGCGGACUCGGAUCCUUUGCCUUUGCCAGAAAAACCGACUUUGCAUCAGCUGCUUAUUAGAGAGAAAGCUGAUUUCGAGGCUAAAGUGCAGAGAGCGGUGCGACGCAAGAAGUGGUUGAAAGCAAACGAAACUUUACUGCGCACGCUGCUCUCGUACUGCUCGCUGCAUGGCGCUGGUGGCGGUGGGCUGGCGUCCGUACGCAUGGAGCUGGUGCUGCUGCUGCAGGAGCUGGGCCAGGACAAGCAGCACCAGCAGCUGCUGUCGCCGCUGCCCUUCCCCACCACGCUGCCGCUGCUGGCCGCCGCCGUGGCCGCCAACAACACUGUCGUCGCCGACCCUGUGCGCCACCUGCAGUCCGUAGCCCACGACAUGCUGGGUACGAUCGGCGAGCUCGGCAUCCCGGGAGGUUCGGCCACUCGCAUCCUGCAUACCCUGAGAGAGCUCGCCGUGGCGCUGUCCGCUUGCAUCUACCAGAGUCUGUGCGACUCGGACACCUUCAGCGUCAAGCAUACGCAGCAUUAUGACGGGAUGGUUGCUGACACACCUGCUACUAGCAACUUCCUAGUAAGACCGAGGCGAUACUCUAUAGAAGAGCUCACAGUCACUACGCCGCCUAAUAAAUGGCCAGGUGUAUCAGCGCUUCGUGGCCUAGCACUUCGCGCAUCAGAAGAGGAAGACGCUCCCCGACUUCCAGUUCUUCUCGCGGAAGCAUUCUGCGCUGUGUAUUUAGCUUUACUGGGGUGGGCGCUGGCGGCCAGAGACGCGCACUUACUGUACAGGCUAGCGGCCCAUACUGCGGAUAAUAAAGCGCAUUCUAAACUAUUCGGGGGUGGAGUCAGAAGACUUCUGACCACAGCGCCAGCGCAACCACAACCGAAGCUAGUUGAAAGGACCGAAGGCACCUCAGUCUGGUCGUCCCUAAGAGAGAAGAGAGCUCUGUUACACAUGCGGUUACUUGGUCUUGGACCGACCGCGCCACAUAAAAACAUUCAAGAAGGACGACCCACAUACAGGGAACAAUUUGUUCCACCCCUCUGCAGUAUACUGACCUUCUUACUAACUAAGCCCACUCCUGAACAAGAUCCUGAAAACAAUGAUUACGAUUCUGCGGAAUCAGGAGCUGAAGAUGCAGAGGAAAGCGGAAGUGAGCCUGAUGACGAUGACAUCUUCGACACCUCUACUACAAAGACGGAGAAGCGGCGCAAGGGCGCGAACACGGAGCACUGCGACCCGGACUCGUACUCGUGGCACGUGAUGCGCGUGGCCGUGCUGCGGCUGGCGCAGCACAAGCUGCAGCACUUCCUGCAGCUCUGCGGCAUCGAGAUGUCCGAGCUGGCGACCACCAGUCCCACGGUGCACGGCGCGCUGCGGCGCUUGGAGCAGUGGCAGCAGCAGCUGAGCGAGGCGCUGGAGGCGCGAGCCUGCCCGCACGACUACAUCCCCGGCUGCUUCCCCGACCAGCAGACCGCCGGCCCGCCCAUCAACAAGUACAGAUGUCUCUUGGAAAAACACAACACACCAUUCAACUCGGCACUAUAUAGCGCGGCGCCGGCUCAACGGCUAUGGAACUUCUUAGUUCGACAAGAACAAGUUCAAGAGGUGUUCAUCCGCGCUGUGUUUUCCCGGCACCGUUCGAGUGAGGCUCGCUCGGCGCCCACCCGCGCGCUGGAAGACGAUCACGGAGCCGUGAGAAUCAUACACAAAGAGCAGGACUCCAUCGCUGCCUUCUGCCUCAACCGGGUGGGCGGCGGUCUCCUGGCAGUGGCCACGGCUCGUGAAGUGCAAGAGAUGGACGUAUCGCUGCUCCUGAAGGGCGGCGCGUGCUGGGCGGAAGACGAGUGCGAGGUCGAUCUUCUGGCCCUAUCCUCAGACCCGGCGUCCUUACCGGAUACCGGUUUCCUGCUUAUACAGCAUCAUGAUAAAUCAAAUGGCGGUUCUGUACCCGGCACGGGUAACAGUUCACCGCUCAACCCCAAUGCACCGCAGGCUCCCGUUGGGAUGGCCGGCCAGAGCGGCAGGGGUACUAGCGUGGUGAAGGGCCUGCAGUUCCCGGGUUGCCACGACGCGAAAUACUGUCGCCUGGUGCUGCAUCGCUCCAAGCUUCUCAUGAAACCGGUACUAAAACACAAAAUUGACAAUAUUAAACGAAUGGCCGCGCAUCCUUCUCAACCAUUAUACCUGACGGGCGGCGCGGACGGCUCGGUGCAGCUGUGGGAGUGGGGGCACCCGUCGUGCGUGUGGUCGCCGCGCGCGCCCGGCGCCUUCGCCAAGGUGACGCGCGUGCGCUUCUCCGACUACGGCAACAAGUUCGCGGCCUCCGACGCGGACGGCAACCUGGCGCUGUGGCAGCUGCACCCGCCCGCGCAGCAGCCCGGCCAGCCGCACGCCUCGCCGCGGCCCUUCUUCACUCACCAGUGUCACAGUAAAGGGAUAAGCGAUUUCGUUUUCCUCGGUUCCUGUAGUUUAGUCGCCACAGCGGGUCAUAGUUCUGAAAGCAAGAAUGUCGCCAUAUGGGACACCUUGAUGCCCAUUAAGAAAGCUCUAGUGGUUUCGUGGACGUGCCACGAGGGCGGCGCGGCGUGCGUGUGCUGGGCGGCGCAGGCGGGCGCGCUGGUGUCGUGCGGGCGGCGCGGCGACGUGCUGGUGUGGGACCCGCGCGCGCGCGCGCCGCGCCACAAGCUCAGCGCGCACCACGCGCCCAUCAAGUGCGUGGCGCUGUCGCCGCGCGAGGACUACUACGCCAUCGGCGCCGCCGACGGCGACAUCAAGGUCUUUUCGUUAGCGACGCACCAGUUACUGCAUACAUUUGCAGGAGAACAUGCUAGAAGCUCUUUCUUCAAACACAUCGGUCAAGGCGUUACACAAAUACACAUAGACGGCGCGGGGCGGCUGUUCUCGUGCGGCGCGGACGGCACCAUGAAGGUGCGCAAGCUGCCCGAGCGCGACGUGCCGCACGCGCACCACGCGCACCACCACUACGCGUAGUUUAGAAAGGAACAGAGCGAGGUGUCCGCGGUCCGCGAACGAUGUGACGUCUGUUCAUCUCAGUUCAGGUCGCGAUUAUACGCCGUUAGACUAGUCACUGAGUAGGCGAUGUUAUAUUUUAUAGCGUAAUACGUAUAAUGUUUAUGAAUCUUUAGUUAUUACUAGUACGAAAUAUUCGCUAUUUUUAUCUUAACCUCAUCCUAGAUGAGAUAUACGAGUUAUUUAUUGAAGUGGUGUGCUCGCGUCGGCAUUGAGCGACUAUUCGAGUGCAAUAAAUCUUUGCAAACUUAUGAUUUCGAUCGCGAUCGAAGCCUUUCCUUGUUAAAAUAAUCCCUUGAGAUAUUUAGCUUAUACGAGUGCACUUAUAUUUGUAACUUGUUGACGCAUAAUAAAAUGUAUACUUCUAUUAUAUAUCGUGCGUUCGUUGUCGUGGCUUAAUAUGUGUAAUAUUUAAAUAUAUAUCACUAUGUAACCAUAUUAUCGGUUCGCGUCCUACGAAAUUCUCGGAACGUUCAUUGUAAUCGAUGACAUAAAAUUAUGUAAACCUCAUUAGUUUUCGCAUCCUAUAUCAUAGGUGUAAGUGUUUUUAUUGUUUAUGUGAAUGUGAUCUUUUCCAAAUUACACGUCCACUUUGAUUUCUAAAAGCAAUACAUUCUUUGAAAUCAUGAUAAUAGAAGCAAUAAAGCGGAUAUACAUAACAUAUCGCGGUGACAGACAGUAUUAUGGAUCACAGAAUGAACGAUGGAUGCAAUAUUAUUUUUUAAAUAUAUUUUUACACAAAUGCUUCAAACUGUACAUUUAUGCGUAUUUGCAAUGUGAUAUAAUCUGGAAACAGACAUUAUACCGGCAUUUUAUUCCAAUAAAAUAUUUUAUUAACUAUUAAAAUUGGUUACCACAAAUGCAUGUAUGCGUAUGUAAUUUAUUUUUGUAAAAUUUCAUUUUCUAUCUAAUUCAUGUAGGAUUUAGAAAACUUUUAGUUGAAUUUCGAUUUAAACUCACAAUUGUGGUAUAUUUAACUAAAGCAUUUUUCUUGUAUUAAAUUAUUUUUAUUAAGGCACUGUAUCGUAUAUUUAAUCACAUCUUAUGGUAAACGUAUGAAGUUUCAAGAGACUCAUUCUGUUUGCUAUAUAAAUAUAUGUAACUAAUACACAGACCUACACUGUCAAAAGACAUUUCAUUAGACAGUUUUGUUAUUUUUAUCAGUUAACUAAUUGUAAUAUUUUAGGUUAAUAUUAUUUAAUCGCCAAAGUUAUGUACAUAAUGUACGUUUUAAAUUCGUUUUUAAAUAAGUUACCAAAAUUGUAGAUCAUAUCUUUUAAAAUUCGCACAAUCUUGCAAUAAAUUCGAUUGGAAUAAUAAAAAAGAACCCAAAAAACUCAAAAUAUAACACAUUAUCAAAUGAACAAAUAUUUUUUAACUCUUGAAUAUAUAUUACAAUUUAUAAUGUCAUAAAUUAAUAUGUUUACGUGAGCUUAUAUCUGCGAACAAUAUUAUUACAUUUAGUAAAUGAAAAUGUCUAGGUAAUUUGUAUAUAACUUCGUCCAAUUAUGGAAUAGCAGAUUAUAAAAUAAAAUAUAGGAAAAAGAA